GACCUUCGCUUAGUGGUACGAUUGAAAAGUUUUCUCUGAGUCAAGUAAAACGCACGUAAAAUUAAUUUGAUCGGUUUAAAAAUUAUCGAUUUCGUUGUGAAUAUUAUAUUGUUUAUAUGCUGUGUACUUGUUAAAGUGUGUGAAAGCAGUUGGCAAACAAAUAACAAAAUUUUCGUCCCACAGUACAAACUAAGAGUGAGCCGUGUCUUGGGGCAAAAGCACCCCGGGCACUACGGUGGCCCCAGAUACACCGGAACCAACGCCCCAGCCUCCGGGGGUGUUGGAAAUGACGGGUACGGACAACAUACGAUUUAGCGGGCACACGCUGGACAAAGCCACCAAGGCCAAAGUGACCCUAGAGAACUUUUACACGAAUCUCAUAACCCAACAUUAUGAGAGGAAGCAGAGGUUGGACAAACUGGAGGAGUCGCUCAAAGAUGAAAGCUUGACGGAGAGUCAGAAGCAAGAGAAGAGGCAACAGCACGCACAGAAGGAGACGGAAUUCCUUAGGCUGAAAAGAUCGAGGCUUGGCGUCGAGGAUUUUGAGCCGUUGAAGGUCAUAGGGAGAGGGGCCUUCGGGGAAGUUCGGCUUGUACAGAAAAAGGACACUGGCCACGUGUACGCUAUGAAAAUACUUAGAAAAGCAGAUAUGCUUGAAAAAGAACAGGUGGCUCAUGUUCGAGCUGAACGCGACAUUCUGGUGGAAGCUGAUCAUCAGUGGGUAGUGAAAAUGUACUACAGCUUCCAAGAUCCUAUGAACCUUUACCUCAUCAUGGAGUUCCUGCCUGGAGGCGACAUGAUGACGCUGCUCAUGAAGAAAGACACUUUAAGCGAAGAGUGCGCUCAGUUUUAUGUGGCCGAAACAGCCUUGGCUAUAGACAGCAUACAUAAACUCGGUUUUAUUCAUAGGGAUAUAAAACCAGAUAAUUUGCUGCUGGAUGCGCGUGGGCAUAUCAAACUGAGCGACUUCGGCCUCUGCACCGGCCUCAAGAAGAGCCAUCGCACCGAUUUCUACCGCGAUCUCUCACGCGCUACUCCUUCUGAUUUCAGGCAAAAUUUCUUUUUCACAGUAUCUACGUCGUCGUCGGCGAUGGACUCAAAGCGACGGGCGGAAUCGUGGAAGCGUAACCGGCGGGCUUUGGCGUACUCCACUGUGGGCACACCGGAUUACAUCGCGCCCGAAGUGUUCCUACAGACCGGCUACGGACCGCAGGCUGACUGGUGGAGUCUCGGCGUUAUCAUGUACGAAAUGCUAAUCGGGUACCCCCCAUUCUGCUCGGAGUCACCACAAGAGACGUACCGCAAAGUGAUGUCGUGGCGGGAGUCGCUCACUUUUCCCCCUGAAAUCCCUAUUAGCGAGGAAGCAAGAGAAACGAUAAUGCGGUUCUGCUCAGAGCCUGAUCGCAGAUUGGGCUCGCAGCGUGGUAUUGAGGAUGUCAAGUCAGUGCCAUUCUUCCGUGGUGUGGAUUGGUCACACGUGCGCGAACGUCCCGCCGCCAUCACCGUCGAGGUGCGCUCCAUCGAUGAUACUUCCAACUUCGACGAGUUCCCAGACGUCAAGCUUGAAAUUCCGUCAGCCCCCAUCACACAAGAAGGCGAUGUGGCGUAUAAAGAUUGGGUGUUCAUCAACUACACGUUCAAGAGGUUCGAGGGUCUCACCCAGCGCGGCACACCCACCAAGAAGUGAAACUUGACUCGGCUCUCGCAGCCCUACUAGCAUUCACUGUAUAUUAACAUAGGAAAGAGGUGAAAUUAAUUUUGCUUCAUAACUUUCGCUUUAUACGUGACAGUUAUAAAUAUAUUGACAAGAGAGAUUGGGUUAAAACUAUUUUCAUUUCACAUAUAAACGAAUAGGUCUUAAAUACUGUAGGGAAUGGAUUCAAAGUCGCUGUGUCGACUUGGGAUGUUUAUAACUUCAUAUUGUUACAAGCCUACCCCUUAAGUGAGUCGAUUCCUGGGGCAGGUGUGCAGGAGGAGUGACAGUUUACGUAACAGUUAUGUCGCGCUCCACACGGCAUAGUUUCACCAAGAUUUUUCUGACGAUAUGCAAUA